AUGGGUGAUUUCAAUGAUAUUCUUCACCAAACUGAGAAGCGCGAAGGUAACGCCCAGCCGCUAAAUCUUAUCAAUGGUUUUCGGGAUGCUGUCGAAUCUAGUGGGUUAAGUGAUUUUAGCUUCGAGGGGUAUCAAUUCACAUGGGAGCGGUCUAAAGACACGCCAAAUUGGGUUGAAGCAAAGCUUGACAAAAUCCUAACAUCAGACUCUUGGAAUGACUUGUUCAUGCAUGCCAAGGCUUCUUCUGUUAUUGCCCCAAAAAGUGACCUCUUACCCCUUCACCUUCAUAUGUAUCAAGCCAUUAACCAGAAGCCUAAAGGUCGCUUCCGAUUUGAAAAUCUAUGGUUGAAGGAGUCACUAUGCAGAGAUGUCAUGAUUGAGUGUUGGUCAAAUUCAUACGGGUAUCCUCUCAUCGAUAGGGUUGGCCGCUGUGGCAAAGCCAUAUGGGACUGGGGGAAAAAUUUCUCUAGGAAUUUCCAUAGGCGCAUUGACUAUUGGAAGAGCCGAAUGGAACACACAAAGCAUAGACGUGAUUUACAUGGCAUUUCCUUAUUUAGAGAGGCUCAAUUCCAAUAUCUCCGGGUUCUCCGGCAACAAAGUGACUACUAG